UUCUUAAACAGUAUUAUAAUAAUGAGGUCUGUAUUGCUCAGAACAUACAAAUGUAAUGUGGAGGUCUAACCACAGAGGUGUGUGUGUUAUCUCUCUCACACUGUCUCCAGCUCCGGAGCGCCUUAUAACCGCUUUAUAAGCACCGCUGCACGCGCUGCGGGGAGCGACACGGAGACGGACCGAUCCGAUCCGGGGGCUCGUGUCCACAGGGAGACCGAACGCCGUUUUCCGGAAUAUUUACACCAGUCGUCGAGAUCAAGUUUUCAGUAGCGUGAGAUCAGAUAGGUCGCGCUGUUUUCCAGGAUGUUAUAGCUCAUCAGUCAACCUGUGCAGAAGGGAUUUCUGCUUCGGGUAAGCGACUAAAUUCUCGCUUCAGUGGAUGAAGAGGCCCUGAACAUAACGAUGGCUCGCUGCCCAAGCGAAUCUGAGGAGAUAACGAUAAAACAGCAUCAUUAACGCACGCUGUUCGCCUCUGCGCCGCGGAUUUCGCUGGCGCUUCCUCAGACAGACACAUCAUCACUUUGAUGCGCAGACUCACCCAGUCUAUAGACGUGCUUCCACGCAGUUGCCACCAUUCGCCCUUCUCUGACCACAGCAGUUCUCCCAUCCAGGCCCCGCUCCGGCCCGGCGUCAGGCAUGGCGCCUCAGGGGCGGGAUCACCUGGCCUCACGGGAGACUGCAGGUCGUAGACGGAGCCCAAAUGUGCGGUACACACUCAGCCCGGAGAAUCUUCGCAGCUUAGCGGAGCGUGGUGGAGCCCCGCAUGCUGGAGUAGGACUCCUCAGAGCCAACAGCGAUACAGACUUGGUCAGUUCUCAAGGGCGAUCCUCACUCACAGCUUCUACUUUAGAGUUCACUCUGGGCCGGGGACAGAACUUGGUCAUCUCAUGGGAUAUUAAGGAAGAGGUGGAUGCCACAGACUGGAUUGGCAUGUACCAUAUAGAUGAGACCUGUCCAUCAAAUAUGUGGGACUGCAAGAACCGUGGGGUUAAUGGGACACAGUGUGGUCAGAUUGUCUGGAGGCUGGAGGCAGGGCCGUACUUCCUUGAAGCUGAAACAAGGAUCUGUUUUAAGUACUACCAUGGAGUAAGCGGUGCGCUGAGAGCCACAACUCCCUGCAUCACAGUCAAGAACCCCAGAGCCUCGGUCGACGGUCAAGGUGAAGGACAGCAAGCUUCAGACAGCAGCCGAAAAUUGGUCAGCUUUACCCUAUCAGAUAUCCGGGCUGUGGGGCUGAAGAAGGGGAUGUUUUUUAACCCAGACCCUUAUUUGAAGAUGAGCAUUCAUCCAGGCAAGAGAAGUUGCUUUCCAACAUUUUCUCACCAUGGCCAAGAGAGACGAUCUGGCAUCACAACUAACACUACUGAUCCUUUGUGGCAUGGAGAGAAACAUACUUUUGUGGCUCUUAUGACAGACGUCUUAGUGAUUGAGGUUAAAGACAAGUUUGCUAAAAGUCGGCCAAUCAUAAAGCGCUUUUUGGGUCAACUGAUCAUUCCAGUGCAGAUGUUGCUGGAGAGACACGCAUCAGGGAACCAAUCACUGAGCUUCUCUCUAUGUCGUCGUUUGCCCACUGAUCAUGUGAGUGGUCAAAUGCACUUUAAAGUGGAUGUCACAUCUAUAAGCCAAGAUGACAUUUUCCCUGAGACGAUUCUGGGGGGAGCAGCCCUCAAUGGAGCUCCUGGAACCCCUUCGGAUGAUGAAGAUCUGCCUCAUCCUCUCCCCGUCCUAUCAGCAGGCCCUUCCCCCACUGGAUCCCUGGGGUCUCAUAGAAAUGGGGAAGUGAGCAACAUUCCCUCCCCAGACACAGAGAUGCAUGGUACCACCCUGGACAAUGAGGCCCCUUCUUCUCCUGACCCGCUCCAGGGUUCUUUCAGUGAGCAGCUUGAUGCCACUGAUGCCUCUGAGGGCCCGGGAGAUCUACGAUCCAGCUUUCCCACACAUUCGAGCCUCAGCGCUAUGUUGCAUAUUGACUCAGAUGAAGAUGAGGAGAGGACCGCUGCUACAGAAGCUACAUCACCAACAGUUAAUGGUGCUUCAAGGACUCAAAACACCCCCCCAAAACCACCAAUUACAGAACCCGCGUUUGAAAGAACUGUAGAGGAACCUCCAGAAGAGGCUGAGCUGGAGUCUGAAACAGAGACUCUGAAUAUAGAAACAGAGGUGGCUCCUGGGUCAGAGGUCAUGCCGAGUUCAGUGGCCCCUGAGGUGGAAACUGCCAGUGUGUUAGUGAGGCAAAAGGAAGAGGAGGAGGAGGAAGAGGGGCUGGCACCCAGUGAGGAGCUGGCAACUGAAGUAGAUAUUUCUUCAAUGGCAUCUGACUGCUGCCCGGGCCUUAUGUCUGCCUCUCAGGAGGCUGAACUGGGGGCGGAGGCAGCCAUUGAUCCAGGGGGAGAAGAUCUUUCAGAUGAACCACCCACAACUUAUGAGGUUGCUGAAGAAACCGUUCCAAACAAUGAGCUACGGAGGGACACCCCAAAACCGCAGUCAUCAGCCAAUGAGGAAGAGGAAUGUGAAGAUGUGACAGAGGACACAAUGUCCAGAAGAUGGAGCCUGGAGGCAACAGCCGGUGUGUCACAAGAGGAUGAAGAAGAAGAAGAGCUAAUGCCAUCAGUAGAUGGAGAAUCUGUGGACUCUGAGACCUUCGUUACUGAGACAGAAUCAGAAUUAGGUGUCCCUCAGAUCAACGGAGAUCAGCCUAUUUGUUCUUUGCCAUCUAUAAGACAAGACGUUCACCGAUACCAGCGUGUGGACGAGCCCUUGCCCCCCAACUGGGAGGCUCGUAUUGACAGUCAUGGCCGCAUCUUCUUUGUUGAUCAUGUGAACCGCACCACCACAUGGCAGAGACCCACUGGCCCACCAGCUCCUCAGGGUCUGACCCACUCCAGCUCUGUACUGCAGAUGGAGCAACUCAACGCAAGGUAUCAGAGUAUCCGUAGAACAAUGACCAGUGAAAGGUCUGAGGAACAAAGAGUGGAGGAGCCUCCUUCUGAAGAGACAGACCUGCUGCCCCACUCUGUCUGUGAAAACCGAAGGGAUGGCUUUAUGGGUCAAGCCAGCUCUCGUUCUCGUCUGGCUUUGCUGCUUCAGUCUCCUGGUGCAAAGUUCCUCUCCAGUCCAGACUUCUUCUCUGUUCUGCAUUCGAAUUCUAGUGCCUAUCGCAUGUUCACGAGUAACACAUGUCUGAAGCAUAUGAUCAGUAAAGUCCGACGGGACGGACAACACUUCGAGAGGUACCAGCACAACCGGGACCUUGUUAACUUCCUCAAUCUGUUCUCCAACAAGCAGCUGGAGCUGCCACGGGGCUGGGAGAUGAAACAUGACCACACAGGGAAGCCCUUCUUUGUGGAUCAUAACUGUCGUGCCACAACAUUUAUUGACCCACGGCUGCCCUUACAGAACUCCCGGUCCAGCGGGCUGCUGGCUCACCGACAGCACCUGUCCCGCCAGCGCAGCCACAGUACAGGAGAUGUAGCAGACGACUCUCGCUCUCCGAGUCCUGUCCAGGGCCGGUCGUCCAGAAACAGUCAGUAUCAGGACUUGGUGCCUGUAGCUUAUAAUGAGAAGAUUGUCGCCUUUCUGCGACAGCCCAACAUUUUUGAGAUUCUGCAAGAGAGACAGCCAGAGCUCGUGAGAAACCACUCGCUUAGAGAGAAGGUACAGUUCAUCCGCAAUGAGGGGCCAACCGGGUUGACCCGUCUGUCUAGUGAUGCAGACCUAGUUAUAUUGCUCAGCCUGUUUGAAGAGGAAGUGAUGUCUUAUGUGCCGCCCAAUGCCUUACUGCUCUCCAGCUACUCUCAUGCCUCCCCACAGAGCUCCCCUGGAACUCCACGAGCCAAUGCUCGAGCCCCUGCACCCUACAAGCGGGAUUUUGAAGCCAAACUAAGAAGCUUUUACCGCAAAAUGGAAACCAAGGGCUAUGGGCAGGGCCCGGGAAAAGUGAAGUUAAUAAUCAGAAGAGAUCAUCUGCUGGAGGACGCUUUCAACCAGAUCAUGUGUUAUUCUCGCAAAGAUCUCCAGAGAAGCAGACUCUAUGUCAGCUUUGUUGGAGAAGAAGGGCUGGACUAUAGUGGACCAUCCAGAGAGUUCUUCUUCCUGGUUUCCCGUGAGCUCUUUAACCCAUACUAUGGACUAUUUGAAUACUCAGCUAAUGACACUUACACUGUGCAGAUCAGCCCCAUGUCAGCCUUUGUGGACAACCAUCAUGAAUGGUUCCGGUUCAGCGGACGCAUCCUGGGGCUUGCUCUAACUCAUCAGUACCUGUUGGAUGCAUUCUUCACCCGACCCUUCUACAAAGGCCUUCUUCGCAUUCCAUGUGAUUUGAGUGAUCUAGAGUUUUUGGAUGAGGAGUUUCAUCAGAGUCUCCAUUGGAUGAAGGACAAUGACAUUGCGGAUAAGCUAGACCUCAACUUUACUGUCAAUGAGGAGGUGUUUGGACAGAUUACAGAGCGUGAGCUGAAGCCCGGUGGGUCUGGCAUCCCUGUGUCAGACAAGAACAAGAAAGAGUACAUUGAGCGCAUGGUGAAGUGGCGGAUUGAGAGAGGCGUGGCCCAGCAGACCGAGAGCCUCGUGCGAGGAUUCUAUGAGGUGGUGGACAUCCGUCUCGUCUCCGUGUUUGAUGCCCGAGAGCUGGAGCUGGUCAUUGCUGGGACCGCGGAGAUUGACCUAGCUGACUGGAGAAACAAUACAGAAUACAGAGGAGGUUACCAUGACAGCCACAUAGUGAUUCGAUGGUUCUGGACUGCAGUGGAGCGUUUCAACAACGAACAGAGACUACGACUCCUUCAGUUUGUUACAGGCACUUCCAGCAUUCCUUAUGAGGGCUUUGCCUCUCUGCGAGGUAGCAAUGGCCCACGUCGAUUCUGUGUGGAGAAAUGGGGCAAAGUGACCUCCCUCCCACGGGCUCACACCUGCUUUAACCGUCUGGAUCUCCCUCCCUACCCCUCCUUCUCCAUGCUCUACGAGAAGAUGCUCACUGCUGUGGAGGAGACCAGCACCUUUGGUCUGGAGUGAGCUCCAAUCAUAGCCAAAGUCCUACUGAUAGUUUUUCUUUCCCAAUUCCCCAGAGUCUGGCUUACUGUGCAGGCUUUAUUCUCAUCCCUCACUCUUCCCUGUGACCUUGGUCACCGGUCACUUACAUAAUAGUUUUGUUGAUGGAACUGAAAUAUGCCAUCAAAUGACACAACGAGCAUGUGCCAACUCCUGCUCUAUACUGUAUGGACUCAAAAAUCUGUGAUAUCUGCAUUUAAUUCCUCACACAAAAACAGACUCACACAUUCACUGAAAUCUGAGCUGGAGUCUUGAUCAUCUGGUUUUGGUUUUGGGAAUGGUCUAGACAAAUAUUAAUCUAGGUUGUAGGGUUUUGCAUUUUGUUUUUGAAUGAGCUGCUUUUUUAAGUCCAAAGAUGUUUCUUUACAGUAAUUUAGUCAUUCCAUUCCAUAUCUAUAGGGUUUGAAAGAACAAACCUGAGGGGUUUUGCUGCAGGGCUUUGUCAUGUAGACAUGAUAUCAAUCAAGAAGAACUUUUCUGAUUGUAGAGGUUUCACUUCUUGUUGGUUUCGAACGGUCUGGUUCUGGAAUGAUACUGAUCUUGGCUGCAGCUCUGCAAACACAAUACCUCUUUUUUCAUCUUUAAAGAGAUUGAAAACACACAAAACAGCAUGCACACUUUCUCUUAGAGAUUCUUGCACCAAAUGUAGUGGUUGUAGAAUAGCAACCUGUACGUCCUUGGUUCAAACCGUGAACUAGAAAGUUCCUCUAUCACCUCUUGUGCCCUUGAGCAAGACAUUUAUCAGCAGACUGUUCCAGGGGACUGUAAAUGUAGUAAUUAACUUUGGCUGGCUUACACUGAUUAACUAACAAACACCAACACUCAGUACUUUGUAACAUGCACACAUUUUUUUAAUCCACUUCUCAACCUUUUAUGCAAACCACAAAUGUUACAAAAAAACUAUGAAUGUAUAAACACUGAUCACCAUGUGCAAUGUGUGCAACAGAUUCUUGUGUAUCAGGAAAGGUAGAUUUGUUCUUCGAGUCCAUCAUAAGGAGACCUAUUGUUCUAAACUGUGUUGACAGACACAAACAGUGGCCUUGAAAUUAUCUUUAUUAAAAUGUGUAGUUGGGUAAAGUUAAUAACAUGGUGAUCUGUGCAGUCCACUGGAGUAACUUUAAAAAAGGGCUGCAGUGGUUAAAACCAAAAAAAAGAAAAGAAUAAAAGACAAACAAGCUUCUUCUGCUAUGGAAAAUAAAGGAAAAUGAAAGAAGAAGGGGAAAAAUGGCAUAAUAAUAAUGGAACAAUCUCUGAACAGGAAUUUCCAUUUAAUGAACCACAGACAGAAGCUCAUCACUAAAAUAAUGGAUGAAAAGGUCCUCAUUUUUGGGAGACAACGUUGCAACCCUCGUUUACAUACAUGUAGUUUCCUUCAGUGGUCCCUUUCUCAAGCCCCCACACACACGCUCAGCAAUACAUGAAAAUCACACAUUCACACAACACAAAUGCUUAUCUGGCCAAAGCAUGCAUCCUAGGAUAUGGAUUUGUCUUAAAACAGCUCCUUUCUCUAUGUAACUGAUCUUUGGAUAAAAUACUGCAUGCAGGGUCAACGAAGCAGUACCUGAGUUUGACCCUUAGAUGGCGUUGUGUCAUAGCUUGAUAUUGCAUGCUGGAAUUAGUGAAACAACUGGAGUCCAGAUUAGUUUCAUUUGCAUGAGAAGCUGCUGUUAAUUGGGGGUGGGAUGGGAUUGGGGACAAAAAUAAAUGAAUAAAUAAUGUCACUUCAAUACUUUUCGUACUUCAUCUAAGCUGUUAUUUAAACUUCAUGGGUCACCGAUCAUGUAAAAUGCUGACGAAAGAGCCAUCACUUAAAAAUAGUUGGUGAAAAUGUGAAACUGCAUGCGCUCCAUGAUGUGUUCAUAUUUGUAUAUAGCUGUAAUAUAGGUAUGUCAGUCUUGUGCUGUGUUUAAAUUAUAUUUUGCACUGAAGGUACCAGAGAUUUAAGAGUUAGUGUGGUCUCUUUUGGGGUUUGUCUUUGUUUGAAAUUGUACUUUUCCCGCUGACACCGUACUGGCAGAUUUCAAAAGUGUUAAAGCCGUGAUUUAAAUGUUCUCUUUCUGCUUGGUCAAUCAAACUGCACGUCAACUUAUUCAUUGAGUUCACAUUUCCUUGUUCCCAAGUCCAGUUGUCUGCUGUAGUUACAAGAAAAGCCUAAAGCUUCAGACCUGCAAAGUUCCAGAUCAUUUCACACUGAUCGUAUUACAAGGUGUAAAACUGAG